AUGGCGACGCGGUGCAGCGGCGGGGCGAAAGGUGCCGUUCUCUCCCCGCACCGCCUCGCCUUGCUGCUGCUGCUGCUGCUGCUGCUGUCCGAAGGGGCGGCGGGGGGCGGCUCCUCGCUGUUGCUACGCGUCCCUCCGGAGGCACCCGAUGAACCCCCGCGGAGCCGCCGUGCCGCGCAGGAGCCCAUCCAGGUGUACGGACAGGUCAGCCUCAAUGACUCCCACAACCAGAUGGUCGUUCACUGGGCAGGAGAGAAGAGCAACGUGAUCGUGGCCUUGGCCAGGGACAGCCUGUCCUUGCUGGGCCCCAAAAACAGCGACGUCUACAUCUCUUAUGACUACGGGAAGAGUUUUAAAAAGAUUUCGGAGAGGUUCAGCUUUGGGGAUGGGAACAGCAGUGCGGUGGCCAUCGCUCAGUUCUACCACAGCCCAGCCAACAACCAGCGGUAUAUCUUUGUGGAUGCCUUUGUCCCUUACCUCUGGAUCACCACUGACUUCUGCAAGAGCAUCCAGGGCUUCUCGAUCCCCUUUAGGGCAGCAGAUCUCCUUCUGCACAGCAGGAACCCCAACCUCGUCCUGGGCUUUGACAGAUCCCACCCCAACAAGCAGCUCUGGAAAUCAGAUGACUUUGGCCAGACCUGGAUAAUGAUACAGGAGCACGUGAAGUCCUUUUCCUGGGGUGUCGAGCCCUACGAUAAGCCCAACACAGUGUACAUCGAGCGGCACGAGCCCUCUGGCACCUCCACUGUCGUUCGCAGCACAGAUUUCUUCCAAAGCCGAGAAAAUAAAGAGGUGAUCCUGGAGGAUGUUGAUGACUUCCAACUCCGGGACAAAUACCUGUUUGCCACAAAGUCUGUGCGCUUGCUGGGCAGCUUGCAGCCAUCAUCAGUUCAGCUCUGGGUUUCCUUCAACCGCAAGCCGAUGCGGGUGGCCCAAUUCGUUACCAAGCAUCCAAUUAAGGAGUACUACAUCGCUGAUGCAUCGGAGGACCAGGUGUUCGUGUGCGUCAGCCACGAUGACAACCGCACCAACCUCUACAUCUCGGAAGCAGAAGGCCUGAAGUUCUCCCUGUCUUUAGAAAAUGUGCUCUACUACAGCCCAGGAGGAGCAGGCAGUGACACUCUGGUCAGAUAUUUUGCCAAUGAGCCUUUUGCUGACUUCCACCGUGUCGAGGGUGUGAGAGGUGUGUACAUUGCCACGCUGCUCAACGGCUCCUUCAGCGAGGAGAACAUGCGCUCCGUCAUCACCUUUGACAAGGGAGGCACCUGGGAGCCCCUGCAGCCCCCGGCAGAGACACGCUAUGGGGAGAAGACACACUGUGAGCUUUCCCAGGGCUGUUCCCUCCACCUGGCCCAGCGCCUGAGCCAGCUGCUGAAUUUCCAGCUGCGGAGGAUGCCCAUCCUCUCCAAAGAGUCGGCACCAGGGCUGAUCAUUGCCACCGGCUCCAUCGGCAGGAGCAUGGCGAAGAAAACCAACGUCUACAUCUCAAGCAGCGCUGGGGCGAGGUGGAGAGAGGCACUAUCAGGACCCCACUACUACACCUGGGGUGACCACGGGGGCAUCCUGGUGGCCAUCGCACAGGGCACGGAGACUGACCAGCUCAAGUACAGCACCAACGAGGGAGAGACGUGGAAAUCCUUCACCUUCUCAGAGAAGCCAGUAUUUGUGUAUGGGCUGCUGACAGAGCCUGGGGAGAAAAGCACCAUCUUCACCAUCUUUGGUUCCUACAAGGAGAACGGCCACAGCUGGCUCAUCCUGCAGGUCAACACCUCUGACGUGCUGGGGGUCCCCUGCACAGAGAACGACUACAAGCUGUGGUCGCCCUCAGAUGAGCGAGGCAACGAGUGCUUACUGGGGCAUAAAACUGUCUUCAAAAGGAGGACUCCUCAUGCGACGUGUUUCAAUGGGGAAGAUUUUGACAGGCCUGUCAUGGUCUCCAACUGCUCGUGUACCAGGGAAGACUUUGAAUGUGAUUUUGGCUUUAAGCUGAGCGAGGAUCUCUCUCUGGAAGUUUGCAUCCCAGACCCCGAGUUUGCAGGGAAGCCCUAUGACCCACCAGUACCUUGCCCUGUGGGCUCAACCUACAGGAGGACUCGAGGCUACCGGAAGAUCUCUGGGGACACCUGUAUGGGUGGUGACAUCGAGUCGCGACUGGAGGGGGAGAUGCUGCCAUGCCCACUGGCUGAGGAGAACGAAUUCAUCCUGUAUGCCACCCGCUACUCCAUCCACCGCUACGACCUCGCCUCUGGGCUCAGCCAGGAGCUGCCGCUGGCCGGGCUGCACGGGGCGGUCGCGCUCGACUUUGACUAUGAGCACAACUGCCUCUACUGGGCCGAUGUCACACUGGACAUCAUCCAGCGUCUUUGUCUCAAUGGCAGCUCUGGGCAAGAAAUAAUCAUAAGCACUGGGUUGGAAACAGUGGAAGCUUUGGCCUUCGAACCACUCAGCCAGUUGCUGUACUGGGUCAAUGCUGGAAUUCCCAAAAUUGAGGUUGCCAAUCCGGAUGGAGACCUGCGUCUCACUGUCCUCAACUCCUCCAUCCUUGAGCGACCCAGGGCCCUUGCGCUGGUGCCCCGAGAAGGGCUGAUGUUCUGGACGGACUGGGGAGACUCCAGGCCUGGCAUUUACAGAAGUGACAUGGAUGGCUCCUCGGCUGCCUGCGUCGUCUCAGAAGGUGUGCGGUGGCCCAAUGGCAUCUCAGUGGAUGACCGCUGGAUCUACUGGACUGAAGCUUACAUGGAUAGGAUUGAGAGGGUGGAUUUCAAUGGUUUGCAGAGAUCUGUCAUUUUGGACAGCCUCCCACACCCCUAUGCCAUCGCUGUAUUUAAGAACGAGAUCUACUGGAAUGACUGGUCACAGCUGAGCAUCUUCCGGGCGUCCAAAACCAGUGGCUCAAGGAUGGAGACGUUGGUCGGCCAAUUAAACGGGAUCAUGGACAUGAAAAUCUUCUACAGAGGAAAGACGACAGGACGGAACGGCUGCAUUGCCCACCCCUGCAGCUUGCUCUGUUUGCCCAAGUCCAACAAUGGCCGGAGCUGCAAGUGCCCUGAGGGCGUUUCCAGCACCGUGCUGCCCUCAGGGGAGGUGAAGUGUGACUGUCCUCAUGGCUACAGCAUGAAGAACAACACCUGCGUGAAGGAAGAAAACACGUGUCUGCCCAACCAGUACAGAUGCUUCAACGGGAACUGCAUCAACAGCAUUUGGCAGUGUGACAACAACAAUGACUGCGGGGACAUGAGCGAUGAGAAGAACUGCCCCACCACUGUGUGUGAUGCCGAAACCCAGUUCCGCUGCCGGGAAUCGGGGACCUGCAUCCCCCUGUCCUACAAGUGUGACCUGGAGGACGACUGCGGUGAUAACAGCGAUGAGAGUCACUGUGAUGCUCACCAGUGCAGAAAAGACGAGUUCAGCUGCAGCUCAGGGAUGUGCAUUCGACUCUCCUGGAGGUGCGAUGAUGACAAUGACUGCAGGGACUGGUCUGAUGAAGCCAACUGCACCAUGUUCCGCACCUGUGAGGCCUCCAGCUUCCAGUGCCUCAAUGGGCACUGCAUCCCACAGCGCUGGGCUUGUGACGGCGAUGCUGACUGCCAGGAUGGCUCCGAUGAGGACCCCACCAUCUGUGAAAAAAAGUGCAAUGGCUUCCAGUGCCCCAAUGGCACCUGCAUCUCAACCAGCAAACACUGCAACGGCAUCACCGACUGCGCCGACGCCUCAGAUGAGCAGGACUGCGAAAUUCCCCUGUGCACCCGUUACAUGGACUUCGUGUGCAAGAACCGGCAGCAGUGCUUGUCCCACUCCAUGGUGUGUGAUGGUGACAUCCAGUGUGAGGAUGGCUCCGAUGAAGAUGCCAACUACGCGGGAUGCGCCCAGGAGCCUGAAUUCCACCGCACCUGUGACCAGUUUAGCUUCCAGUGUGCAAAUGGGGUGUGCAUCAGCCUGGUGUGGAAGUGUGAUGGCAUGGAUGACUGCGGUGAUUACUCAGAUGAAGCAAGCUGUGAAAACCCAACGGAUGCCCCCAACUGCUCCCGCUACUACCAGUUCCAGUGUGGGAACGGGCACUGCAUCCCCAACCAGUGGAAGUGUGAUGGAGAGAACGACUGCGGGGACUGGUCGGAUGAGAAGGAGUGCGAGGGCUCCCCAGUCCUUCCCAUCACCACGGCCAUCCCUCCCACCUGCCUCCCCAACCAUUUUCGAUGCGGCAGCGGCGCCUGCAUCACCAACAGCUGGGUGUGCGAUGGCUACCGCGACUGCGCCGACGGCUCGGACGAGGACGCCUGUCCCACCUCCCACCCCAAUGUGAGCUCCAGCCCCCCAGCGCCACGCGGCCGCUGCAGCAGGGCCGAAUUCGAAUGCCAGCAGCUGCACAAAUGCAUCCCCAACUGGAAGCGUUGUGACGGCCGGCGGGACUGCCAGGAUGGCACCGACGAGAGGAACUGCCCAACGCACAGCUCGCUGUCGUGCCCCCAGGGCUUCCGCUGUGAGGAUGGGGAGGCCUGCCUGCUGGUGACUGAACGCUGCGAUGGGUACCUGGACUGCUCCGAUGGCAGCGAUGAGAGGAACUGCACAGAUGACACCAUUGUGUACAAGGUACAGAACCUGCAGUGGACGGCUGACUUCUCUGGUGCCAUCACCCUGACAUGGGCUCGGCCAAAGAAGAUGUCCUCGACCUCCUGUGUCUACAACGUGUAUUACAGGAUGGUUGGAGAAAGCAUCUGGAAGGUUCUGGAAACCCACAGCAACAAAACCAGCAGCGUGUUGAAGGUUCUGAAGCCUGACUGCACCUACCAGGUGAAGGUGCAGGUGCAGUGUCUCAGCAGAGUCUACAAUACCAACGACUUCAUCACCCUGCGGGUGCCCGAAGGACUGCCGGAUGCUCCCUUUAACCUCCAGUUGGCCCUCAAAAAAGAAGCUGAGGGGGUGGUGGUGUGCAGCUGGAGUGCCCCUGUGAACGCCCAUGGCCUCAUACGGGAAUUCAUUGUGGAAUACAGCAGCAGUGGUUCCAAGGAAUGGUCAUCCCUUAGAACCACCAAGAACUACACCGAGAUCAAGAACUUACAGGUCAACACACUGUACACAGUUCGGGUUGCUGCAGUGACCAGUCGAGGAGUGGGAAAUUGGAGCAUCUCUAAAUCCAUAACCACCAUAAAAGGCAAAGUCAUUCCUCCACCUGUCAUACGCAUUGAGGGCUACACUGAGGACUCCAUAAGCUUCAGUCUAAAAAUGAAUACUAAUAUCAAGGUCAGCGGUUACGUUGUCAACAUCUACUGGACAUUUGAUGCACACAGGCAGGAAAGAAGAACUCUGACCAUAGAAGGAGAAAAGUCAGUCCAAAAAGUGGCCAACCUGACAGCUCAAACCCCGUAUGAAAUCUCUGCUUGGGCUAAGACAGAGCUGGGUGACAGCCCUCUGUCUUUUGUGCACGUUGUGACCAGCGGGACGAGACCCAUCCCACCAAGUCUCAAGGCCAGGGCCAUCAACCAGACAGCAGUGGAGUGCACCUGGACCGGACCGAGGGAUGUUGUCUAUGGCAUCUUCUACGCCACAUCCUUCCUGGAGCUCUACCAGAGCCCUCACAACACCACCACAACCUUCCACAAUGCCACCGUCAUCGUGCAGCGGGACGAGCAGUACCUGUUCUUGGUCCGUGUGAUGUCUCCCUACCAAGGGCCACCAUCUGAUUACGUCGUGGUGAAGAUGAUCCCCGACAACCGGCUUCCCCCGAGGCACCUCCAUGCAGUGCUCACAGGCAAGACCUUCGCUGUCAUCAAGUGGGAAUCUCCCUACGAUUCACCUGACCAGGACAUGUUGUACGCUGUUGCAGUUAAAGAUUUAGUAAGAAAAACAGAUAAAAUCUACAAAGUGAAAACACGGAACAGCACGGUGGAAUACACCAUUAAGAAACUCGAACCAGGAGGCAAAUACCACGUGAUUGUUCAACUGGGAAACAUGAGCAAAGAAUCCAGCAUGAUGAUUAACACAGUUCCACUCUCUGCACCGGAUGCCUUAAAAAUUAUAGCAGAAAAUGACCACAUUCUGCUCUUUUGGAAGAGUUUGGCAUUAAAGGAAAGCAAUUUCAAUGAGAGCAGGGGUUACGAGGUUCUCAUGUUUGACAGCCUGCUGAACCGCACGGCCUAUCUUGGGAACACCACCGAGAACUUCUUCAAAGUUUCCAACCUGAAGAUAGGUCACAACUACUCCUUUGCAGUCAGGGCCAGGUGUCUGUAUGGUGGGCAUAUGUGCGGGGAGCCGGCCACGCUUCUCUAUGAUGAGCUGGGAGCUGGUGGAGACUCCUCUGAAUCUCAAAUAGGCAGAUCCACUGACGUGGCUGCCAUUGUGGUCCCCAUCCUGUUCCUGCUGCUGGUGGCCCUGGGGGCUGGCUUCGUGGUGCUGUACACGAGGCACCGCCGGCUGCAGAGCAGCUUCACCGCCUUCGCCAACAGCCACUACAGCUCCCGCCUGGGCUCGGCCAUCUUCUCCUCAGGGGACGACUUAGGAGAUGAGGAUGAUGAAGCUCCCAUGAUAACUGGAUUUUCAGAUGAUGUCCCCAUGGUCAUCGCAUGAAGCGCGCUUCUGACUGUAAAAACCAAAUGGUGUAAAUAUUUUAUUUGAUAAAAAUAGUUGAUUGUUUAUUUUAAAAAUGCACUUUGAGUUGCAAUAUGUUAUUUUUCUAUGGGCCAAAAAAUUUAAGAAAUACUUUGUAGUAAUCAACUGUGAAUUGCAAACUAGUUUGGUUUAGUAACAAAUUGCUUUGAUUUAACAUUGAUUUAGUCUUACAAGGCUAUGCUUGCUGGGCAUGCUUUUAAGUCUGUGAGAUAUUUUCCGUUGACUAAAUUGGCUACUCAAUUUAUUUUUCUAAGACGAGAAUAAAUUUAUUUUAAAAAAAUUCAGGAGAUUAUAUAUGUAGAGAGAGAUAAGUAAUAUAGUCCCUGAAGGUUUUGCUUUUACUUAAAAAAAAAAAAAAUCCUUUGGACUUUGUUUUGUAUGAAAGAAUUUUUGUUGUGUUAAUUUAUUGGGAAAUCUGCUCGAGAACAGAUUUCUGAAGCCGUCAGACGUUGUACACAUUCUUGUGUAGAACAUGUGCCACUUUAUCUUGCAAGGCAGUAGUAUCUUGGCAUCCCCACCAUUGUUCUUGCCAUGAGAACAGCAAUCCUUACUUCUACAUAUUUUUCCCCUUGUUCAAAGACAGUCUCUCAGCAGUUGCCGACCUGCUGGCUGUGAUGUAAUCGGUCUGUAAUUCAUGUCAGUGUGACAAAUUGCCACCACCUUAGCACGUUGUUCCCAGGAAAGCUUUCCCUGUGUUGCUGCUCGAGGUGUGAGGAUGUUGGAGGGGUGGAAGUGGGACCUCCACCAGCUCUGCAGCCACAGAGCUGCAGGUACCACACAUCUCCACCCGUCUCGCAGCAGGCAUUGCUUUCCUUCAUCACCAUUUCCUACAGGUAGCUGCGGUUGCACCUUCUGCUUCUGAAUAACAUAUCUAUAAUAUAUCCCUAUCACUCAUCGUGCCACACGUGCUGUAGCCAUAAUACUGGCUACAGAGCAGUAGAAAUGUCUCUUUCCUGUCGUUGAAGUUAUUGUUUUGGUGAAUCUCCCCUCCAAUCCCACUACUUGCCAACCCAAGAGCGCGAUACGAGCGGGUGCCCACGGCUCACGCUCGGCCAUAUUCUAUAUAUGCAAAGCCCAGGAGCUCCGUGCCAGUGCGAGUAGAGCACGCUGUCUUGUCACACCUGUUCCUUGGUUUAAACCAAAAAGUAUUUUUGCUGUGUAAAUUGCAGUCUUCCUACAGAUGAAAUGAGAGAGGCCAACUAUGUUUUGAUACGCAACCGACCCGUUUAAUUUCAUUUACAGAAGAUGUAUGAAGCGUUGAGGUUCUGUAGGGUUUGAUACGCUAUAGAAAUACUGACUCUAUUUUUAAUUACUGGUGUUCUCAUUCCCAGUGACAGAUUUCCUCCCCUAGAGUUGGGACCAAAUCACAACCAGAUUUUAGGAGCAGCAGCAAGCUGGCCAAGUUGCAAUAUUUUUACCAUGUUUGAGGGUCAGGUGCUGUUCUUAGGCAAAAAUCUCAAGUAGGUCGACCCAGCUUGUAUAUCUCAAGUUGUCUGAAGUGACAGCUGCAGGGAGAGCAGACCUUGACCCAGAGGCAAAACGAUCCUACAUAGAUAUAAAUCAGAAGAUUUAUUAUAUUUCUGCAGGGAUGGGGGAGGCUGAAAGCAGAGUUUAAAAGCGUUGCAUCCCUUCCUCGUUAAGCAAAUAUUAAUUCUGGCACUGGUAUCCAAGAACUGCAGUGUGGUAUCCCAGAAGGUGGUACCCUCAGAGAGUGAGUAAUGGCUAAACUCUGCUGCUCUGCUCCCCUGGGGAAAACUGCUUGAGGGAGGGCUGCAGAAGGUGGAUGCCAAAGGGGAACCUUGAAGCCACUUUGCAUACUGCAGCAAUCCCUUGGCUGGAUGCUUUCGGCUGGGAUGGGUCACCUCUGGCUGCAGUGAAAGGCUCCUUUGUGCUGCGAUGCUGUGAGCGCUGCCAGGAGGCGGUCUGCUGGAAUACCAUGUUCCAAAAAUGUCCCCAAUGCAAUGCAGGGAGGGCUUGUGCAGUGCAGCCCUUGCCUUUGUAAAGAGCUCCUGCACCUCUGCUCGCUGCACUGCAACAUGUGGGGCGCUCCCUCACAGCGCAGAAAUCCCCUCUGUGCUCUCAGCAAAGCAACUUUACAGGGCUAGUGUAUUUUAUAUAUAAAUAGAGAAGUCUAAGCUCCAGGCAGGGAAUGGGCAGGAUAGAUGCAAUUCUGGGCAAAUUGUAUAUUUUUAUGAACUUUUGAAGCACGGAAUCUUGUUCACAGAGAUGUAUAUGGGGUGGGAGGGUUCUGGUAUACAUGUGGUACAUGGAUGUGGAUGCAUAUUUUGUUCCUUUUUUUUUUUUUUUUUUUUUUUAGUAGCUUGAUGCAAUGGGAGAUGAAUCCUUUCCCUUUUGGGAGGUGGCCUGGGUUGACCUGAUGGGAACCCAGAGAAAUGUUGGGAUCUGUGACGAGAAAAAGGGUAUUGGAGGCACAGGGGCUGGCAGGAACUUCUGGUACCCAUGUUUGAGCCCACUGCAGAUGCUGGCUGGUGUUCUUAAGUCCAUUUGAACAACAGACUGAGGCUGUAAAGGUCCUUCGUGUUCUCAGCUCAGAGUGACGUCGCAAAAUGUGAAAUCUUUUUGUCGAGGCAGACUUCAGCAGUUCACAGGUGGAAAGGUAAAACUCCAUUUGGGAGAGACCCAAAUGGCAUUUCCCGAAACAACUUUCAAUCUCCUUCAAAUGGACUUCAGAACAGGCAGGGUAGGAUGGAGUUAUUUACUCUGGGAUCCACAGAGCUGGUACAGCCCUAACAGUGACAGCCCUGGAGUGGGCUCCAAGCAGCCUGGUGAGGUUUAUAGUAGCAUCCACUUCUAAUCAGGUUCCUUGAGUGAUGUGUAAUACUGUACUGUUUGAAUUGCUACUCUGUCUCUUUUUUUUUCUCCUCUCCAUUCACUGAUUUCUGCUGUGUUGUUUUUGCACAAUUUUGAAGGAAU